AUGAGUAUAAGGAAUUUUCUGGAAGUUAGGAACACUGCAGUUCAUAUUAACUUGUUGCUAUCCCUUGAGCCUCAACCUGCGGAAAACAGAUCAGUGGUAAUUAGGUCUAACUACUCACUGGCCUCGGAAAGAGGCAAAGGGAGUGUACCUGAAGGUGGUGGUUCUGACUUCUUGCGAAGGUAUGGUUUAGAAACUGGUGGGACUAAUAGAAGUGAAGUCAACAAUGUGAGUGGUGUUAGGAGAAGGCUGUUUGAUGAUGAUGGACAGACUGAUGCAGUCAGAUUCCUCUUAGUAGCAUCCAAUAGUGAAGCGUCUGAUUUGCAGAGAAAUGAUCCGCUGGUGACUGGGGUAGGCCUGCUCCCUGGUGUUGAUGAUAGUGGGCUGAUUAGACUUGGUGAUUCUCAGACACCGUCUCUCUCUGCGUCUUCUGAAGGAUAUCUUCUUUUUGCUGAGGCUGUCGAGGAGAAUGAGAGUAUGAGUGAGGAUCAGGCAGCGCUGCAGGCAGUUGAAGAAUUUGAAGAGCAGGAGCGCCUUCGCUGUGCUGAUAAAGGAAAGGCAAUUCAGGGUGCUGAAGAUCUUGUUUAUAUUGACUCUGGAGAUUCGCAUACGGAUGGUGUUGUUGGAUCAGGAUCAGAUGAUGAUCAACAGGAGGACUCGCAGUACUGGAUUGAUUUGUUUGAUCAACAAUAUCCUUUGCAUUGGCCUUCGCCGUUGCUUGAAGUUGGUGAACCUUCUGUGCUUGUUGGUGAAAGGUUGUCUGUUCCAGCAGGAGAUGAUGUAGAUGUUGGUGCUGCUGUGUUAACAUAUGUGACACAAGGAACAGCUAACGAAGAGAUUGAUCUUAAUACAGUAGCAGGUGUGACUCCAAAUAUAAGGCCAGCUCCCACUGAUGUUCCUGCCAUACCUGCAACUACCCAAGCAAGUGAAAUAGACAAUGGCAUGCCUGAGCUUACGCAAAGAGAAGAUGCGGCCCCUGUCUAUGAUGACAUAUAUGAAGUUACAGCCACUGAAGGGUCUGACAAUGAUUCUGCUGAAGGAGAUGUUAUUUAUAGAGGCCGCGUGUUUAAAAACAAAGUUGAUGUGCAGAAUACGCUUGCCAUAUAUGCAAUCAAGAGAUUGUUCCAUUUCAGACAAACCAAAUCUGACACCGAAAGGCUGAUUUUUGUUUGUGUUGAUCAGCAUUGUCCGUGGAGAGUGUUUGCCCGUGUUGUAUCGCCAUUCUCAGAGAACUUUGAGAUUCGGACAUGUACAUUGACACACACUUGUUCUAUAACAGCAAGGUCCCAAUAUGGUAAGCAAGCGUCAGCAAAGGUGAUUGCUGAAGUUCUUAAGGAUAGGUAUGCAAAUGGGUUACCUGGUCCUCGAGCUGUUGAUAUCCCGGAUAUUGUAUUACAGGAGCUCAAAGUUUCUAUUAACUAUAUGAAGGCGUGGUAUGCAAAAGAAGCUGCUGUUUUUGCAAGCCGGGGUAGUGACGAGCGCAGCUAUGAGCUACUUGGUGUGUAUAUGCAUUUACUGCAAAAAGGAAAUCCAGGAACUGUCUACAAGCUUGAAUACACAAAAGCUGUAAAUGGAGUGAAGCAGUUUAAGUAUCUUUUUUUCUCACUUGGGGCGAGUAUUGCUGGGAUAAGGACCAUGCGAAGGGCUGUGCUUAUUGACGGAACAGCUAUCAAGUCCAAAUUUAAAGGGGUGUUACUGACUGCAAGUAUGCAGGACGCCAAUAUGCAAGUCUUUCCCAUUGGCUUUGGAAUAGUAGAUAGUGAGAAUGAGCUGGCGUGGACAUGGUUUUUGAGGCAGUUGAGCCUGUUGCUGCCAGACGCUGAGGAUCUGGUUAUUGUUUCUGACCGGCAUAGGUCAAUCUAUGCUGCAAAGCGCCACAUUUAUCCACUAGCGUUUCAUGGUGCUUGUGCUGUUCAUUUAGUGAGGAAUGUGAGGAGUAAUUGCCAUGGAACCGGUGUUGCAGGCCUUGUUGCAAAAGCCGCACGGGCUUUUAAUGUUGGCGACUUUGAGGAGUGGUUUAAGGAGAUAGUAAAGAGAGACCACAAGUGUGCAGCCUAUUUGGACGUCAUCCCGCGUGAGCACUGGACUCAGGCCUAUUGUCCUGCAAAGAGAUACAAUAUCAUGAGCUCAAAUAUUGCGGAGGCCCUUAAUGGUGCGCUUGCAAAGAUUGUUGAGCUACCUAUUCUUUCUAUCGUCGAGUCUAUAAGGACUAAACUAAUGGAGUGGUUUUGCCUACGGAGGGAGAAAGGAAAAAGACUAUCUGUUUUUCCAGAUCCUAUCACUCCAAAUGUUAACAAGCUCCUUCUUCGAUACCAGGCUGACUCCGCUGGUAUGCCUGUGAAACCUGUGUCAGCAAUGAGUUCCCAAGUUGGUGAUGGCAAGAAGAAUUACUAUGUUGACCUUGAGAAGAAAACGUGCACCUGCUUAUUGUUCCAGAAACUGGAAAUCCCCUGUAGCCACGCUUUGGCUGCUGCAAGGCUAAGGGGAAUUUAUGUUCCAGCACUCAUAUCUUCUCACUACACACUUGCAACAUUUUGUGAAGCAUAUGCAGAAUACAUAUUCCCUGUCCCUAAUCAAUGUGAUGAGGUAAUUCCAGCAGUGGUGGAGCAGACUCAAUUCAUUCCACCUAUUAAUCCAAAUGGGCCAGGCCGGCGCAAGAAAAAGAGGAUCCCAUCAGCCGGUGAAUUCACGGCUGCAAAGAGAAGGAAGAGUGGACCACACAAGUGUUCAAGCUGCUUGAAAACAGGGCAUAACAGAGCAACUUGCUCUAAUGUGCUUCCAUAAAGUGUCUGGUUGCACAACAGUUUUUUGGGGGCGUUGUGAUGAAGCAGAUAAAGGUUGUCAUGGAGAAGGUUUUUUGUUGUCUGGUGAACAAGGUUUGAUGUA